AUGCCUGAAUUGGAACCAAAUGCCUUAUAUGGUUUCGUUAGAAAACUUUCUAAUGACUAUGUGUUUAAGAGACAAAGCCUGAGAGUUCAGAUCAAUGCAACUGGUGAUGCAGUGUGCAUGAGAUAUAUUCGACCGAGUCCAAGCACCAAACUGGAAGGCUUCAUCUUGGGGUACGGCAGCAGCUCCUUCUCUAACCAGUAUAUUUCUCUGCCAUCAGAUGGAAAAUCGUACAUAACUGAAGUUGAUGCAGAGCCAAGAUACUUGAUUGCUGUGAGGCCAGCACCUGCUGCAAAUUACAAGAAACCCUGCUCAGGUAAAACGAACAAACCAAAGCCCCUUCAACUGGUAAUAGGCACUUUAACUCCAACUUCUGCCUUCUUGUCGUGGGGUAUCUUAGUCAACCCAAAGCAUGACUGGACAACAAUGAAUAACUGUGCAAAUGGCAGAUUUUAUACAGUUCGCUACAGAGAAAAGGAAAAGGAUAAGAAGUGGGUUCUUCAGCUUUGCCCAACUACAGAAACCGUGGUGGACAACCUGAAACCUAACACAGUUUACGAAUUUGGAGUGAAAGACAAUACAGAUAACGGGAUCUGGAGCAAGAAUUUCAAUCACAAGAUGGCUGUGUCUAUAGGUAAAAUAAAAGAAAAUGGACAACUCCAGAACAACAGAGUACCACAGUUUAUACCAGGAGACUCAAAAGUUCGAAUUCCAAUCACAGUAAUCAAACAAGUACUCCAAAAUGUCACACAUCUGACACAGUCUAAAAUUGCAGAUAAGUCUCCUUUAGCAGGACCAAUACAAGUGCACGUUAUCAUUCCAGAAAGUGGAAUUCCACAGAAACUGCCUCCUCCCUUGACGCUGGAUAUAUCUGAAAAGGCAAAGAAAACAUUGGCUAAGAAUGAAUCUCAAGAAUGGCCUUCAGAAUCCAAGACAGCAGAACUACAAGAAAUUUCUCCACAAUCCCAGCCCGCUAUGACUGAACUAGAAUGGGAAAGCAGUAAACCUACAAUUCCCAGUAUCUCAGAAGAAACAAAGAGUAUUCCAGCUCACACUGAGAGCGAACUGAAGACUUCAAUACCUAGUAUAACUCCUAUGGCUGAAUUGCCACUUGACACACUGGCUCCACGCAAGUUUCCAGAAUUUCCUAUAACUAAAACACCACCUCCACUCCAAAUGCCCACAGAAACAUUGGCUUCAAGUGAAAUGCAACCAGUUCCCUCAGAACCCCAAACGCCUGCUCCAAAACACACACAGACAAAGCCAGUUUACAGCAAAACACAACCUGCUCUUUCAAGCACCACAACAUAUGAUGAGAUUGACAUAUCAGACGUCAAACCAGCAGUAACAAAUGAACCCACUCUGGAAUUUCUCACACCUAAAACAUCUAAACCUCUUGACCAGCCAAGGGCAACACUGGCCCCUAAUCUACCACCUUUGAAGCAGGAUACACCUAAAACAUCUAGGAUUACUGAACAAUUAAAAUCUACUCCAGCUCCUCCGGAAACAAAAUUUGUUCCUUCUACACCCAAACCUUUUGCCCGUCCCAAAAUACCAGAAACAAAACAUGCAGAAAAAGAACCUCAAUGGGAAACCACCACUGCUAACAUUUAUAAAACCCCUGAACUGCCAAGAACAACACUGGCUCCCAGUAAAACAAAAAUCCCUGUUUCCAAGCCCCAAAUCCUUCCCCAUCUGGAAGAGCCAAAGAUUGUACCGGCAGUUACCAGCAAAUUGAUUCCAGUUCCAGCCACAACUAAGAUUUCCCACAGUAUUGGACAUCCAGUGGCAACAAUGGCUUCUUAUGAACCAAGCUCUGUUCCUUCUAAAUCUAAAGAAUCCAGCUAUACCAUGCCAGAAGUGCCAGAUAGCAAACCUGUCUUGGACCCUAUUACAUUUAGCAAUGAACUUCCAACAGUAGCUCCAGAAACCAAACAUCAUGUUCCCAGCCCUAAAACAACAAUUAGCCCUCAUGUGGUACAUACCAAACCUGUCCUGAAUAUUAUUGCACUUAGAACUGAGCCACCAAAGACAGAAAUGGAAGAGAAAGACCCUGUGCCUUUGAGACCUAAAACUCAGCUCGAUCCUGACGUGCCACAGACCAAGCCUGAAGAGAAAGACGCCGUGCCUUCAAAACCAAAAACUCAGCUCAGGCCUGAUGCGCCACAGACCAAGCCUGAAGAGAAAGACCUUGUGCCUUCAAGCCCUAAAACUCGGCUCAGCCCUGAUGUGCCACAGACCAAGCCUGAAGAGAAAGACCCCGUGCCUUUGAAACCUAAAACUCAGCUCAGCCCUGAUGCGCUACAGACCAAGCCUGAAGAGAAAGAUCCUGUGCCUUCCAAACCUAAAACUCGGGUCAGGCCUGAUCUGCCACAGACCAAGCCUGUCAUGGAAGCAGUUACUUUUCGAACUGAACAACCAAAAUCAACAAUAGCUCCUAAAGAAACACAUAGAGGUUCUGCCAGACCAAAAACAUCUCCCAGCCCAGGUAUAACAUCAACAAAACCCAGUCCAAAAGGCAGCCGCCGUGAUCCAUCAAAACCUAAAACAUCACCAAGCCCAAAAGUACCUAAAACCAAACCAGCAGAAAUUAUUCCAUUAUCUCAAGAUCCUAUCAGUACCAUGAUACCUCAUGCUCCUGACAAGGCAAAGGCAACGCUUGCUUCAACAGUGGAACAGUUCAUUCCUAAUAAAUCAAAACCAUCCACCAGGCCAAGAAUGCUAGAGACCAAACCUGCAGUACAUCAAACAACCUCACAACCAUUUAUAAUCAAACCUACUGUUUCCUUCGAACGACCAAAGUUAACUAUGGCUCCAAAAGGAACACGGUUUGUACCUUCUAAACCCAAAACAUCUGGCAAACCGGAAGUACCCCAGACUAAACCUGCACCAACUGCAACAUACCUAGGAUCAAUUAACCUUCACAUCCAUGUUCUCAAUGAUCCCAAAGAUACUUUGGCUUCAUUCAAGCCCCACAGCAGUGUAACAACUGAAAGUCCACAUUUGAAAACUGCACCACAUAAAGUGUAUCACACUACUGCAAAGCCUAAGACCACUGAUAAGUCACAGGCCAGGCCUGUUGUAAUUAAAACAACACCCACCCCUGGUAGAACAAGAAUGCCUGGAGGAUUAACCGGCGGUAAAGUAUCAAGAGUUGACAAAUUAACAGACCAGGAUGCUACCCGGGUUCUUAGUACAAGCUCUAGUACAAGCUCCAACCCAUCAAUGGAUUCCACAAUGGCAAGAAAAAAACCAGAACCUGUAGCUACACCACCUGACUCUCCACGACCUCCCUUAGCUCCUGCCAAGCCUACACCAAUGCGAAGAAAACCUUUGCCACCAAACACUGUGACUGGUAAACCGGGACGUCCAGGAAAUGUCGUGAUGCCACGAGCCCCUUUUAUUUCCCCAACAUCUUCAGCAGCAAAGCCUACAGGGCCAACUUCUCUUGCCAAAACAAGCUCACCAAAAAAGCCACCUACGGCAGCUUCUUCUCCAGAUUACAGUAAUCCAAUGUUCAGCUCACUUCCUACAACAGAGACUGAUGUUGCAGGCACACCAAGGUAUACAGGUGACCAUGUGAAGUACAUUAAAAAAGGAGAAGAUGUACCAUGUUCCAUCACAGAUACUCUCCAGCACUUUCCAACAGAGGAGGGGGAGGGCUUGGAUAGAGCCACUAGCCCUCCACAGAAGCCGCCUACCAACCUUACUGUGGUGACCGUUGAGGGCUGUCCGUCCUUUGUCAUAAUAGAUUGGGAAAAACCGCAGAACGAGACUGUUACAGAGUAUAAAGUUGUAUCAACUGAAAAUGGUGGCCCUGUUGGAAAGGACAAGUCCAUUAUAACUACAAAUCAAACGCAUUCUACAGUGGAAAACCUGAAACCUAACACAAGUUAUGAAUUUGUUGUGAUACCAAGCAACCCCCUCGGUGAAGGUCCAAGUAGUGACUCAAAGCCAUUUAAAACUGAAUCAGCGGACCCAAGAGUGACUGAGCCAAUUCCAAUGGGAAAAGAUGCAAUUUGGACUGAAAUCAAAUUUAAUUCCGAUACCUAUUCCGAAUGCAAGGGGAGGCAGUACGUCAAGAGGACCUGGUACAAGAAGUUUGUCGGUGUACAAUUGUGCAACUCUCUCCGAUACAAAAUUUACCUCAGUGAUUCACUUACAGGUACAUUUUAUAAUAUAGGAGACCAGAGAGGACACGGAGAAGAUCAUUGUCAAUUUGUGGAUUCGUAUUUAGAUGGAAAGACCGGGCAACAGCUUCCAUCAGAUCAACUACCUAGCAAAGACGGCUUUUUUAGAGCUGUUCGACAGGAACCCGUCAGCUUUGGAAAAAUAGGGGCCGAGACACACACUAACUAUGUUCAUUGGUACGAAUGUGGGACCUCAAUACCUGGAAAAUGGUAGAACAAGAGAUGAACUGAAUACUGAAAGAUUGCAUCCAGCUACGACUAUCACAGACAAGCUCAGACAUGGAAAUAUGUCAUGGUAUUAUAGUUGUCAUGCAGAAAUCUAAUGACAAUACUGUUCAAUAGCAUUGGCUGCUUAAUUAUCGUUGUCCAGAUUUACGGAUAUGUUGCAGGAAGUUAGAACGUGUCAUAAAAUGAUGUCUUGGGAAGCUGGCUCCCUAUUAGUUUCUUCUGGUACCAUCUUCAUAUUUUAAAAGAUGUAGUUUAUUAUUAUUUAUCAUUGUUGUGACAUUUUGAGGCACUUUUACUGAAAAGAUAACAAAUAUGUAUUCUGAAUUUUAUUGAUGCAUACUGCCAAAGUUCACGUUCUGAUUUAUUUCCAAACACACUUAAAUUAUUCAGUCAGGUUAGCUCCUAAAUAACUUUUCUGCCACUUUAUAUGUCCAGUCUGAAAAUAUCCAGUUCUAUAACAAAUGGGGUUGUAAUUAACACUCUUGAUGAUGCUAGAUAGGUCUGCACUCAGAUAGUCUGCACCAAUUAAAACAUUGCAAAAAUAUGCCAUAGAACUGGGUGAGAGCGCAUACCUACAACCAUUGUGCCAUGCAGAUGUGUGGUAAAAUCUUUGUUAAUACUUUGCAGGAUAAUACAGGUAGCCAAGCUACCUUGGACUGAGAUCUCACCUGAGUAGUUUGUCUGUACGGAUUGUUAACUCUGCAUGCCCAACUGGACUUUGAGUUAUCAUGGCAAGAGCAGUUUACUAUGUGGCAAGUUGAGUUUUGCACACCAGGAGCUGGCUAUUAAAGGGAUUGUGCACACAUUUUCUUGUGGCAUUUACUUUUGGGGGUAAUCAGAAGACAGAGACUUUUGGAUCUCGACAGUGAAUUAAGCUGAACUCUGCUCAAAAGUUAAAAUGCAACCACUUCUAGGAAAAAUCUUUUGUUACAGCAAAGAAGAGCUAAAAUAUUAUAUGCACAAAAUUUAAAACCUGUAAUCAUUACCAUCAUAAUGGAUCAAAGCACAAUUCCACUUCUCAAAAUGUUGCGUGCGCUUGUAUGGAUAUCCAAGUACAAAGUACACAUGUACUAUGUCACUUAUGAAGGAUAUGUGACAAUUUUAAGGACAGCUUCUUCCUUAACAAUACAUGGACAGAAAGAUUCAAUCACUCUCUGCUUCCAGGGAAAGCUGCCUUCAAAACAUGCAUGCACCAUUCAUAAUUGAUACAGUAUACCUAAGAAACAGCCAAUAGACUGUUACAUCAAGAAAAAGUCAGGUUUAAAUGUACCCUUGACAAACUAGUAUGAUCAUGCAGUUUUAUCUGAGUUGAAUGUAGAUCAAUGCAGAUGUUAGUGAAAGUGUAUAGAGUAGAUUAUUGCCAAGUCAUAGAAAACCACCUACAUUUUAGUUGUAUUUAAACCGUGAUUAUGUUUUCUUUAUAUAAAACUGAAGAGUAAUGUGAUCUGCUUUGUAGAAUGGAAAAUAAAGGCUGUUUUUGAAAAUGUUUCCAUUCUUCCCCGCUACACAAAGUGCUGUAUUUGUAUUGCUUAAACAUUUAAACAUUAUAUAUAAAGAGAUGUAGGUUUUUAAUUAUUCAAUGUAUUAAAAUAUAAAAAAAGGACAAGGAAUAGUGGAUUGGUUGUUUAUAAAAAAUUGUUUAAGUACAUUGCAGGUACA